AUGGACGGUAAAACAGGAUUAAGUGAACCGGGCCCGGAAGAGUACCAGGCCUCCGCCCUGGAGCGAGGCCUGGGGUUUGGGCCCGUGUGCGAGUGUGCACAGCCCGAACCGGAUACAUUGACUUGUCGUCCCGUGGACCAACCAGCCACAGACCUGCAGCCGUAUGUCCUGGACACUCGAGUAAAGAGAGGAGCAGAGCUGUCAACUGACCACCACCUGCUUGGGAGUUGGAUCAGAUGGCAGGGGAAGAAGCUGUACAGACCUGUUGGGGACAUUGAGUCUGAAUGGGCUUUGUUUCGCUCUGCCAUGGUCGAGGCGGCUGCUGAGAGCUGUGGCCGCAAGGUAGCUGGGACCAGUCGUGGUGGUAACCCUCAAACCAGAUGGUGGACACCAGAGGUAAGGGGGGGCAUCAGGCUGCAAAAGGAGGCCUACAGGGCAUCAGUGUCCUGUGGGUCUCCCGAGACAGCUGACUGGUACCGUUGGGCCAAGCAGAGUGCAGCUGUGGCAGUCGCCGAGGCAAAGACUCGGACGUGGGAGAAGUUCGGGCAUUCGGCAGAAGAGCACUUGCCGAAAAUAUGGCCUUCGGAGAAUCGGAUCGUUCUCCACCGGGGUGACCCUCUUCGUCUCAUGUGCAGGGGUCGUGGCCAGCUGCACUGGACACUUCCAAAACCGGUGGACUCUCGCCGUCUAAUUUCAUGGGAGGGCAAGAUGGUACAGGAGUGCGAUUCCCGACCCGCGUGGCAUUGCAGCGAGCUGACUAUCCCAAACUUGAACGCCAGUCACACGGGGGAGUACCGUUGCGGCUACUCCAAAGGGCGCUCCGUGUCCACUUACGUCUAUGUCACAGAUCCAGAGCAGCCGUUCGUGGAGCCCCACGAUGAUACCCCGUACAUCCUGUUUAUCCAAAGACAUGAGACCAGUCUUGUGAUUCCCUGCCGUACGUCGUCCCCAAGCACCAAUGUAACACUAAGUCAGCUCAUGCCUUCUUCCCAGAAGAUCGUCAGCAAAUGGGACCCAAAGGUGGGCUUCACGAUCCCCUACAGCCCCGAGACUGUUUAUAAUAUGUUAAUUUGCUCCACCGUGGUCAAUGGAGGUCACUUCACUUCCAUGUAUGUGCCCUGGAGAGAGUCACCUAUUCUAGAGAAUGUGACCGUCACCCCGGAGCGUGUCAAAGUGCUAGUUGGCGACACGCUCUUCCUCAACUGCUCCGGAGUGACUGGCUACAGUGGAAGAAUCAGCUUUAUGUGGGAUUUUCCCAAAAAAAAAGAAAAUCGCCAUUUCACAAACAAAACCAAAGAUGAGAUCACUCAGACAUUCACAAUGAGUAAGGGUUUAGUGUUGCGCAACGUUACAAUGGAGGACAAGGGCUGGUAUCACUGCAAAGCGGAGCUCACACCUACCAUACAUAAGAAUGCUUCAGCAAAAGUCAUUGUCUAUGAGCACCCCUUCCUCAACCUGUCACACAGACACCACCGUACGGUGGUUGCCAAAGAGGGCAGAAGAGAACUGGUUUUUGCACCCAAAGUCAACGCUCUCCCUCCACCGGAUAUGCUGGCAUGGUAUAAAGAUGGUGUACAAAUCCUGAAGAAUUCCACCUGCUACAAGAUCUCCGGCUUUAACUUGAUCAUCUCCGACUUGAAACCGACACACGACGGCGUCUUCACUCUAAGCCUCGGUAACAGAUUGCACCGCCUUUACCGGAAUCUGAGCUACAUUUUGGAAGUUGAAGUAAAGCCAAGUAUUUGGGAGGCUAAAUUGGCCCCGGUGGAAAUCCAGCCAUACAUGUUUGGCAAGCGGCACCAGCUGACCUGCACGGCUGACGGGAGGCCCACGCCCAACAUCACCUGGAUGUGGCAGCCCUGUCACGCCGACCCACUCCUCAAACGAUGCGUUCUUUACUCAGAGCCAACGGUGGUCCACAUUACACAAAAGGGAAAGGACAGAAAUUGGAUCGAGAGCAUUACCAGCAAGCCUGAAUUGUUUCAAAGGAAAAAUAAGACUCUGAGCACGCUGGUGAUCGGAGCAGCUAACGUGUCAGGAAAUUACCUCUGCCUGGCCCAGAAUGAGGAAGGCAAAAGCAUCAUGACAUUCCCUUUUUAUGUUAGCGAUCAGUCCGAAGUCAUUUCCAUCCAACCUUCGUCGGCCUUUGAGCGUGACGACGUCACUCUGAGCUGUCGGACGUCCCGUUAUCUCUACACCGACCUGCAGUGGUUGGAUUCCCGGAAUCGGACGGUCACCUCUGGCGUGUCUAGUCUCCAGUUGGACCGCUACUCCAUCACCAUCUCGCUGCGCUUGCGCAACGUGAGCAAAAACAGCACGGCAGGAUACAAAUGUCGAGCCUUUACGAUGCAGACAAAGAUCCGAGACAAACCCGUUACUUUGAAUGUGAUCGAGAGAACUAAACCAUGGCUGAGUCAAAAUCUCACUGAUCUGGUCGUGAACACCAGCAGCACUUUGAUGUUGAACUGCCUGGCACACGGAGAUCCGUCCCCCAACAUCACUUGGUACAAAAAUGGUGUUCUUCUGGCGGAAGGACCUGGAAUCACUCUGAAAAUGGACGGCGUGUUAACCAUUGAGCGGGUAAAGAAGGACGAUGAGGGUCUUUACAAGUGCAUGGCCGCCAACAGCGAAGGAGCCGUAACGUCCAGCGCUUCAGUUUCUGUGCUCGGAGAGGAAGGGAAACCAAACGUGGAGGUUAUCAUUCUGGUGUGCACUGGAGCGGCCGCCACCUUCCUCUGGCUCAUGCUCAUCCUCUUCAUCCGCAAGCUGCGGAAGCAGCAACCAGCCCACUACAAAAUGGGCCCAUCUAUCAUCAUUGACCCCGACGAGUGUCCGCCGGACGAGCAGAACGACCUCCUCCAGUACGACGGCAGCAAAUGGGAGUUUCCUCGCGAUCGUCUACGCUUAGGCAAAACUCUGGGCCACGGCGCCUUCGGGAAAGUGGUGGAAGCCUCGGCCUUCGGGAUCGACAAACUCUCCACCUGCAAGACGGUUGCAGUGAAAAUGCUGAAAGGCGGCGCCACAUCCAACGAGCGCAAAGCCCUGAUGUCGGAGCUGAAGAUCCUCAUUCACAUCGGACACCACCUCAACGUGGUCAACCUACUCGGCGCUUGCACCAGACCUGGAGGUCCGUUGAUGAUGAUCGUAGAAUUCUGCAAAUACGGCAAUUUAUCCAACUACUUGAGAGGGAAAAGAGACGACUUUGUGGUUUACAAGCGCCAGGAUGGCAAGGUGUUACAGCAGUCGGGAUCGGCGUGCGAGCUGAGCGAGUUAAUGAAACGCCGCUUAGAGAGCGUGGCCAGCACGGGAAGCUCGGCUAGUUCCGGUUUCAUUGAAGAUAAGAGCUACUGCGACUCAGAGGAAGAGGAAGAAGAAUCUGAGGAUUUAUACAAGCGGGUUCUGACUUUGGAAGAUUUGAUUUGCUACAGCUUCCAAGUGGCAAAGGGCAUGGAGUUUUUGGCUUCUCGCAAGUGCAUCCAUCGGGAUUUGGCCGCUCGGAACAUUCUCCUGUCUGAGAACAACGUCGUAAAAAUUUGCGAUUUUGGACUGGCCCGAGAUAUCUACAAGGAUCCCGAUUAUGUGCGCAAAGGAGAUGCCCGGCUGCCGCUCAAGUGGAUGGCACCCGAGGCCAUUUUUGACAAGAUUUACACUACUCAGAGCGACGUGUGGUCCUUUGGUGUUCUCAUGUGGGAGAUUUUCUCCUUGGGAGCGUCGCCGUACCCUGGCGUCCAAAUUGACGAGGAGUUUUGCUGCAGGCUGAAAGAAGGCACCAGGAUGAGAGCGCCGGAGUACUCCUCAUCUGAAAUAUAUCAGACCAUGUUGGAGUGCUGGCAGGGGGAACCCCAGCAGCGGCCCACCUUCACCGAACUCGUGGAACAGUUGGGGGACCUUCUUCAGGCCAGCGUGCAGCAGGAGGGAAAACACUACAUCCCCAUUAACACCGCCCUGCUAGCCAAGGUGGGAGACACGGGUGUCGACGCGCUACCGCGAGAGACUCCCAGCCGGCCCCUUUCACAGCGACACUCAGGUGGAACCUGGAACAUUAAGAUCCGACCGGCCAGUGUGAAAACCUUCGACGAGGUCACCUGUGACGUUGACGUCCAAGGGGCGCGGCAGGGUAUACACUGCGACAGCGGAAUGGGCCUUUCAUCCGACAACAUCAAUACGCUCAAGAGGCUGGAGUCGCUGGCCGGACGACCUUUAAGCCUCAUGGCGCUAGCCAAGAAAGUCACAAGCAAGAGCAAAGAGUCGGUCCUGAGCCAGCCCGAUAAGAGCAUCCCCCCUCUGGACUUGAGUCUGGAUGACUCGGCGCUGGACGCCGACCUGGAGUGUCAUAGCCCGCCGCCCGACUACAACUACGUGGUGCGCUACUCCACGCCGCCCGUCUAG